AAAGUGCUAAGUAAGCUACCCCAACUGCUUCCUUAUAUACGACACUUGUUUCACACGUUUUUCAUAUUCAUUCGACGACUAUUAUUAUAACUCUUAGAUAAACCUGGGUUAAUCCGAAAAAGGGAAUAUUGCGUGUUCUAUUCAUUUUUAGUGGAAUUAUUUAGUACUAGUAUAAUGGAGAUUAAGGGGUACGAGGAUGUUACGGUGAUGGAAGUAGAAGAAGAAGGGUGCUCGACGCCUAAACGUGACGAUUGUCAAAUUCCGGCGAUGACGGUCCCACCACCGCCGCCAAGGAAGAAGCGGACGUACGAUUGCGGUGGAGAUAAAAGAAAGCUGCCGGAAAAUGGGUAUUUUCAAUCCCCCGAGCUGGAACUUUUCUUCGCCAUGCAGCCUAGAUGUCAAGGCACUUUUGCUUAGUUAAUUAAUGACUGCUAAUGUUGUGUUAUAUAGCCCCUUCUCUGAUCAAGACCCCACUUGGUUGGUUAAUUCGUUUUUGUUUGCCGGCUAAAAUAUUUAGGAGUACGUGAUGUUUUGCUAUUGGGGUAUUUUUGUGUUUUGGGGGGAUAUAAACUACUAGUAUUGCUAGUAAAUAGGAGAUGCAUGUGUACAUAAAUAUGCUUGCUAAUGCAUUUUGUAGUUGAGAUGCUUAAGUUGUACUGUACUGUAUAUAUAGCUUUCAUUCGGUGGCUUAUAUAGUUCUCGUCAAAUUAAAAUUUAAA